UGCUUCCUUAACAACGGGUUGCCCCUGGCAACAAGAGGACGCGGGCUAGAGAGUUUGUCUCCCGGCGUGUUCCUAGCAUUUGCUUGCGGUCAGAGGCCCCGGCCGAACCAUGUCGGAGAUCCUGUGCCAGUGGCUCAACCAGGAGUUGAAGGUGUCCCGGACCGUGAGCCCCAAGUCAUUUGCAAAGGUGUUUUCCACUGGCUACCUGAUUGGAGAAGUCCUGCACAGGUUCCAACUUCAGGAUGACUUCUCGGAAUUUUCAGAAAGCAGGGUGUCAACUGCCAAACUUAAUAACUUUUCUCGCUUGGAACCAACACUUCAUCUUCUGGGUGUGCAGUUUGAUCAGAAUGUGGCGCAAAACAUCAUCACAGAAAAGCCUGGGGCAGCAACGAAACUUGUAUACCAGCUGUACAUUGCUCUUCAGAGAAAGAAGAAAAGCGGACUGACCGGAGUGGAAAUGCAGACCAUGCAGCCCCUGGCCGGUAUGAGACUUCAAAACAUGAGAAGUGAGGCGUUUCGAGAGAGACUUAAAAUCCUGAUACCACGUCAAACUGAUUUCAAUCUGAUGCGAGUUUCAUACAGGUUUCAAGAAAAAUAUAGACGCAUGAGAGAAGAUCUUGCCCGUGAGCAUUCUGAGAAACUUGAAAGAAUGCAAAAACUCAACGAAGAGCAAAGAUGUUGUGAUAUUGAAAAGCAACGCUUAAGCAGAAGACGACAAAAUGAAAUAAUGGCCAAAAUCCAAGCAGCUAUCAUACAGAUUCCUAAACCUGCAUCAAAUCGUACUUUAAAAGCACUCGAGGCUCAAAAAAUGAUGAAAAAGAAAAAAGAUGCAGAGGAUGUAGCCAAUGAGAUUAAGAAGUUUGAAGCAUUAAUAAAAAAGGAUCUCCAGGCAAAAGAAAGUGCCUCCAAGGCUUCUGUAGACACAGCAGGCCAGAUGACAACUGACUUGUUGAACACUUGCUCAGAUGAUGACUACAUUAAGAAAAUCCAGAAGCGCCUAGAAGAAGAUGCUCUUGCACGAGAGCAGAGAGAGAAAAGACGGCGGAGACUGUUAAUGGACCAGUUAAUAGCACACGAGGCACAAGAGGAGGCUUACCGCGAGGAGCAGCUCAUUAACCGGCUAAUGCGCCAGUCCCAGCAGGAGCGCAGGAUUGCGGUGCAGCUCAUGCACGUUCGGCACGAGAAGGAAGUUUUAUGGCAAAACAGAAUCUUCAGAGAAAAACAAUAUGAGGAAAGACGACUGAAGGAUUUCCAGGAUGCACUUGAUCGAGAAGCGGCCUUGGCAAAACAAGCCAAGAUUGAUUUUGAAGAACAAAUCCUUAGAGAGAAAGAAAUUCAUGAACAGAUUGCUGUGGAAAGAGCUCAAGCUCGUUAUAAAAAGCAUUAUGCAGUAUGUGCAGAAAUCCUUGAUCAAAUACUUGAUUUGUCCACCAAAGUGGCAGACUAUCGAAUGCUGACAAAUAAUCUGAUUCCACAUAAGAUGAUGCACGAUUGGAAGGAACUGUUUUUCAAUGGAAAGCCCAUAUAUGAACAAGCCUCCAUUAAGCAGCUAGCUGCUAAGCCUACUGAAGAACAACUUGUAGAACUGGAGAAAAGGGAUUUGCUAGAUAGCAAGGACUAUGACGACUACAAGAACAUGGUUGGGGAGUGGGCCUUACCAGAAGAAAUGGCUGAUAAUCAACCACCUUCCAACAAUCAAAUAUUAGGCCAUGUACUUCACAGACUAAUUGAAAAAUCUCUCCCUCCUCAAGUUGAAUCAGCAGAGCCAGAAUUACUUUCAUCAGCUGUUAAGGGAUGCAUAUUGGGGAAAACGUUUAGUGGAAAAACUACCAUUCUACAGUCUCUACAAAAAGACUUUCCUGUUAAAGUACUUUCUAUUGACACUCUUGUCCAAGAAGCUAUCCAAGCCUAUCAUGACAAUGAAAAAGUCAGUGGGGACCAGCCAGUUCCACAAGAGGACAGGAAAGAAAACCAGCUCACUGUGCGGGCACAGCUUGGCGCAAAAUCAGAACAGUUGCUGAAGAAAGGAAAGAGUAUCUCAGACACGUUGCUUGUUAGCAUCAUGGUCAAUGCCAUUAAUGAGAUCCCUCUGUAUCAGGAUUGGCUCCUGGAUGGUUUUCCAAUGACACUCAAUCAAGCCCAGCUUCUGGAGGAAGCUCUCACAGGCUACAACAGAUACCUCCUGGAAGCCGAGGGAAAAGGAGCACAAGUCUCCACGCUGGCUGCUGACCCGACCACCUCCAAAGAAGCACCCCGGCCCGCUCCUACAUUUGACUUUGUCAUUUUAUUAGAUAUUGCAGAUAAUUCCUCACUGAGUCGUAUGAAUGACGUUAUGGCUGAAGAAUUUUCACGUGCAAUUUCUCAUGAAGACACCAGUCAACGAACAGCUGCUGAAAAUAAGCCUAAGGAAGGAGACCAUAAUUUAAGAGACCAGAUACAGCACAGAAUUAUAGGUUUCUUGGACAACUGGCCUUCAUUGGAAAGAUGGUUUUCAGAGCCAGAAAAUAUUUUGAUAAGAAUCAAUGCUGAGGUAGAUCAAAAGUCUUUAUAUCAAAGAGUAAGAGAAAUAUUUUCAACUGAAAUAGUGAAAAAAAAGAAUAAAGUUCAAAAGAAAUUGGAAGAAAAGGAAACUGAGAAAAAAGCCCCAGUGUCCGUGGCCCAGCCUCCACCCGCCACUCCUCCUCUCCUUGCUGAGCCAGAGAAGGAAGCUCAGCAGCAUGAAUCCGCAAAGACUCCCCCUGCAAAAGGAAAACCACAAUCAGGUUCUCCUAAAGGAAAACCCCCAGGAGGAAAAGUGCCAGUAAAGAAAUCACCUGUUGGAUCUACAGACGUAUCACCUACUCCAGUAGCACCCCCAUCAGCCAAGCCAGGAUCUGAGGAAUGGGUCUACGUGAAUGAACCAAUUCCUGAGGAAAUACCUUCAUUUUUGGUACCUUACUGGGAACUAAUAGAAAAUUCUUACAUAAACACCAUCAAAACCAUCCUUAGGCAUCUGAGAGAAGACCAGCAUGAUGUACUUACAUACUUAUAUGAAAUUACAACAAGUUUCCAGGAGUUUCUAAGGCGUCCCGAUCACAAGCAAGACUUUGUGGCUCAGUGGCAGGCCGAUUUCAACUCCUUUCCUGAUGACUUGUGGGAAGAUGAGGAAACAAAGGCUGAACUCCACCAAAGAGUGAAUGAUUUAAGAGACCGCCUAUGGGACAUCUGUGAUGCCAGGAAGGAAGAGGCUGAGCUCGAGCGGCUGGAUAUCAUCAACCAGAACUGGCUGCAGGACUCGCUGGGAAUAACGAUGAACCACUUCUUUUCACUGAUGCAGGCAGAACUGAACCGCUUCCAAGACACAAAGAGACUCCUUCAAGAUUAUUACAGGGCAAUGGAACACAAAAUUCCAAUAGAUGACAACAAGAGAUUCACGCGGAUCCCAUUGAUCCGACUGGAUAGUAAAGACGCUUCAGAAAACCAGCUUCGAAUUCCUCUAGUUCCUCGAAUAUCCAUUUCUCCAGAAUCAGCCGUGUCCAGGCCAAAAUUAAAAGCAAUAUUGAAGGGCAAGAUUGAUUAUUCACUUGAAAACGUGCAGACCAACUUUGAGGCAGAUGAGAAGCUGGUACUGGACACCUGGCAGCAGGCUUCUUUGGCGAUAUCUAACAUGGUGGCUGCUGAAAUUCACCAGAGGCUGAUAGAAGAAGACAAAGAAAAUCAAUCAGCAGAAUCCAAGGAGAAGUCUCCCCAGAUGAAUACGAACAAAAAAAUCAAAAAGGAAAAUGAGGCACACAGGAAUAAAAAGGAGGACAAACACGGGAAAGGGAAAUCACCACCUGUGGCUGAAGCUGCCCCUGUGGUGUUCACAGCAGAGGAAAUUGCUGAAAUCGAAAGGAAAAGUGAACUGAGGCUCAAAAUAAAGGAAGAACACCUUGCAGCCCUACAGUUUGAAGAGCUAGCGACCCAGUUUCGACUUGAAUUGAUAAAGGCCAAAGCAUUGUCUGUCCUUGAAAAUUUAAUAACAAAGGUGAUCGAUAUCUAUAAACUCAUGGAAAAAUGGCUUGGGGAGAGAUAUCUGAAUGAAAUGUCCAGUGUGGAAAAAUUAACUGAGGUGGCUCGCUAUCACAUUGAAACAGCCACAAAAAUUCAGAAUGAACUUUACUUAACCCAAGAAGAGUUCUUCAUUAAUGGCGAUGUAAAAGUCUUCCCAGAUCCACCCCUGCCGAAACGUCCUCCACCUGUAGAAAAGGAAGAAGAUGGUACCCUGACUAUAAAACAGCUUGACAAUCUUCGAGAACAGUUCUUAGACAUGGCACCUAAAGGGAUUAUAGGAAGUAAAGCAUUUACUGACAUUCUGCUUGAUUUGAUGACCUUUAACCUUGGAACAAACAACUUCCCUAGCAGCUGGAUGCACCUCACCCAACCUGAAUUGCAGGAGUUAACAUAUUUAUUAAUAGUAAACUCAGAGUUUGUGGACUGGCGGAAAUUCCUGUUAGUAACUGCAUUGCCUUGGCCCAUCCCUCUGGAAGAAGAGCUCCUGGAGACCCUGCAGAGAUUCAAGGCUAUGGAUGAGAAGCAGACGGGCACCGUCACUUUUGAGCAGUACAUGCAGGCUGGCCUGUGGUUUACUGGAGAUGAAGAUACAAAAAUUCCAGAAAAUCCUCUUGAACCCCUGCCCUUUAAUAGGCAGGUGCAUCUUAUAGAGUUUUUCUUUAGGCUCUUUGCUGACUAUGAGAUGGACCCACCCCAGCUGGACUACACACAAAUGCUGCUGUAUUUUGCUUGCCACCCAGAUCCCAUGGAAGGGGUCUACAGGGCCCUCAGUGUGGCCAUUGGAACUCAUAUCUUCCGAAAAGUUGAAGGUCCAGUCAUGAUAGCAGAAAAGACCUCCUCUGCUGACAUGAGCCCCAUCGAGGGCUAUGUGGAAACUGAAGAAAAUGCUGAAAGAGAGGAAAAGGACUUCACAGAGGAAAAGGAGGAAAAAGAUAGAAAGGAACCAGAUAUCCCUGAAAAUGCAAACACUGAAAAGAUUUCCAUGGAAACACUGCUGCGAGUGUUCCGAGGAGGGAGCGAAGUAAAGGAUGCCAACAGAUUCACCAGCCACCUUAAGACAGAAAACAUUUAUGCAGAGAGCUUCAUAAAAGUAUUUCAAGAACUAGAUACCAAGGACCUGGAGCUAAUUGAAAUUGCUGUACUCUUGAAGCAUCCUUUCAUCCAAGAACUGAUUUCAAAUUAUUCAGAUUAUAAACUCCCUGAUAUUAAAAUGAUUCUCCAACGGAGUGAGCAUGUAGCUGGAAGUGAUGGAGAGAGGUCGCCCUCAAGACUUACAGAGGAAAAGAAAUGAAAAAACAGUGCGGCUUUUAAAACAUAGUAAACAAACUUCUAAAACGCAAA